UCCCCUCGAAGCCGCAUGCGCGCGCGGGGAGGCCGGGCAGCGCGCGUGCGCAGAAGGGACGCCCCCUGGCCGCGAGGAGGAGGGUGGCGCUGGCGGCGAGCGGGGAGCCCGGACGGUGUGGCCGCUGCUGCUGCCGCCGCUAUCAUGCUCCGGUGCCGCGUGGCGCCCAGGCUGGUGCGGGCGCUCGGGCCGAGGUCGCGGGGCCGGACGGGCGCAGGCAACUUCUUCCAGCGAUGGAAAGCUCCCUUAGAAGUGCCGCUGAGCAGACCCAUGGCGAGCUCUGGUGUGCCGGGGGGAAGAGGCGAAAACGCGGUCCUGGCCUUCCUUGUGGGUUUGUCCACCUUCGGAGCCGGGGCCUAUGUGUACAAGACGCUGCGAGAAGACAAGGAGCGCUACAGCGAACGCCUGGCGGGGAUCAGCCAGCACUGCCAGCAGGACGCACAGCCCCCGCCAGAAGCAGAGGCCGCCGCCCCCCCGAGCGCAGCAGCCCCAGAAACAGAAGCCGCCGCCGCCCCCCGCCCGGAGUGCCCGCCCCACGCGCCUUUCCUGCUCAUUGGGGGCGGCACUGCUGCUUUCGCUGCCGCCAGGUCCAUCCGGGCGAGGGAUCCCGGGGCCAGGGUGCUGAUCGUGUCUGAAGAUGCUGAGCUUCCGUACAUGCGGCCUCCGCUUUCCAAAGAGCUCUGGUUUUCGGAAGACCCGGAUGUCACGGACACGCUGCGGUUCCGGCAGUGGAAUGGCAAAGAGCGGAGUAUCUACUUCCAGCCCCCUUCCUUCUACGUUCCUGCCUGUGAUCUGCCUUACACAGAGAAUGGCGGAGUGGCCGUCCUCACUGGAAAGAAGGUGGUCCAUAUGGAUGUCAGAGGCAACGUGGUGAAACUCAGUGAUGGCACCGAGAUCUCCUAUGACAAAUGCUUGAUUGCCACCGGUGGUUCCCCGAGGAAUCUCCCUGCGAUUGAGAGGGCAGGCAGAGAGGUGCUGCAGAGGCUCACCCUGUUCCGGAAGAUCGAGGACUUCCGCGCGCUGGAGAAAAUCGCUCGAGAAGUCAAGUCCAUCACCAUUAUUGGCGGCGGCUUCCUGGGCAGCGAGCUGGCCUGUGCUUUGGGGCAGAAGGCACAGUCCAGAGGCCUGGAGGUGAUCCAGCUGUUCCCAGAGAACGGCAACAUGGGUAAGGUCCUUCCCGAGUACCUGAGCAACUGGACGACCAACAAAGUGACGCGAGAGGGGGUGAACGUGAUGUCCAACGCGGUGGUGAAAUCUGUCUCCGUUGCUGGGAACCGGCUGCUCAUCAAACUGAAAGACGGCAGGAAAGUGGAGACGGACCACAUUGUGGCAGCUGUGGGCCUGGAGCCCAACGUGGAGCUGGCCAAGUCGGCCGGCCUGGAGGUGGACUCGGAUUUCGGGGGCUUCAGGGUCAACGCCGAGCUGCAGGCCCGCUCCAAUAUCUGGGUGGCGGGGGACGCGGCUUGCUUCUACGACAUCAAGCUCGGCCGGCGACGUGUGGAGCACCACGACCACGCUGUGGUGAGCGGGAGGCUGGCCGGAGAAAACAUGACGGGGGCGGCCAAGCCCUAUUGGCACCAGUCCAUGUUCUGGAGCGACCUGGGCCCUGACGUCGGCUACGAAGCCAUUGGCCUUGUGGACAGCAGCUUGCCCACUGUGGGGGUCUUUGCUAAAGCAACAGCAAAGGACACCCCCAGAUCUGCAACGGAGCAGUCAGGAACUGGGAUCCGCUCCGAGAGCGAAACGGAGACAGAAGCCUCUGAGCUCAAGGUCUCGGCGGCCUCCCCUUCCAGCCCGCAGGCGCCACAGCAGGGAGAGGACUAUGGGAAAGGCGUCGUUUUCUACCUCAGGGAUAAAGUGGUGGUGGGGGUCGUCUUGUGGAACGUCUUCAACCGGAUGCCAAUUGCGCGAAAGAUCAUCAAGGAUGGGGAAGAACAUGCGGAUCUCAACGAAGUUGCAAAACUCUUCAACAUCCACGAGGACUGAGGCCCCCCCUUUCCCGCCCGCUGACUGGGUUGCGUUUGCAGAUGGAGGGGAGGCUGCGGGCCGUGUGGAUGUUUGGGAUGGCCCAGAGCUCUCCUUGCACCGUGAAUAAAACCAGAUUAAUGUCUAAAUGAAA